AUGUUUAUAAAUUCUUAUUUUAGGCAGCUCGCCAAUUCAACAGGUGGUCGAUUUCACUGGUUCCGGGAGACGGGCAUUAUAGACAGCGAUGACGUCCGCCUCCUUCAGGAAGAGAUUGACACAGCCGUUGAGUAUAUGAAACAGGCAGAACACCUCGUUAAUUGUAGCAAACAGAAACGUGACGUUAAGGAUGCAGAGAAGGAGUCAAGAGUAGCACUGGCUUCUGGAGGGAGGGAGAGAGCCUUAUCAUGUGGAAAAUCUAAAAUUUGCCGGUGA